UAUAUAAAAGUCGUAGAUUUUUCUGAAUAUGUAUCAGUUACUUGUUGGGCUUAGGACAAAGCUAAACAAACCUCAACACAAAAUGUACUCGAAGGUACUUUGCCUCGCUACCCUCCUGGCUGUGGCUGCUGCCCACUACGGUCACUCGUCCCAGUACAUCUCCCGCCACGACGGACCGGCGCACCUCGUGCCCAUCCACGGACACCAUGGCCAUCAUGACCAUGACUACUACGCUUACCCUAAGUACGAGUUCGAGUACAAAGUAGACGACCCGCAUACCGGCGACCACAAGACCCAGCACGAGCACCGCGACGGCGACGUCGUCAAGGGCUUCUACAGCCUGCAUGAGCCUGAUGGUUCCAUCAGACACGUCCACUACCACGGCGACAAGCACUCCGGAUUCCAUGCUGACGUUAAGCACAGCACCCACCACAUCGUGCCCCACCAUCAUGUAUUCCUUGCCGCCAUUAUCCUGGCCGUGGCCUUAGCCAGACCUCAGGAUGGACACCACCACGGACACGCAUACUCCUCUCAGAGCAUAGUGCUGCACCAAAGCCAUGGACAUGAGGACGGGCAUAAAUACCAUGAACACCAUUCAGCUCCGCAGCAGACUAGCGAGAAGAAACACGAGGAACACCACCACGAUUACUAUGCGCACCCUAAAUACGAGUUCGAGUACAAGGUGGAGGACCCGCACACCGGUGACAAGAAGUCCCAGCACGAGUCCCGCGACGGCGACCUCGUGAAGGGCUACUACAGCCUGCAUGAGCCUGAUGGUACCAUCAGAAUUGUGCACUACUCCGCUGACAAACACAGCGGAUUUAACGCUGAAGUCAAGAGGGAAGGUCACGCUAAGCAUGUCCUGUCCCUCGCCUCUCUCCUGGCCGUCGCCGCCGCCCACUACGGGCACGGGCACGGUGGGCACGGGCACGGUGGGCACGGGCACGGUGGGCACGGUCACGCGUUUUCCUCGCAGCACAUCUCCCGCCACGACGGGCCCGCGCACGUCGUGCCCAUCCACGGUCACGGCCACCAUGGCCAUGACCACGGUCACGACCAUGUCGACUACUACGCUUACCCUAAGUACGAGUUCGAGUACAAAGUAGACGACCCUCAUACCGGCGACCACAAGACGCAGCACGAGCACCGCGACGGUGAUGUCGUCAAGGGCUUCUACAGCCUGCACGAGCCCGACGGUUCCAUCAGACACGUCCACUACCACGGCGACAAGCACACCGGAUUCCAUGCUGACGUGAAACACGAAACCCACCAUAUCGUCCCCGAGAAACACCACCACCACUACUAAAUUGUUCUAGUAUAUUACAUUUUACGUAUGAAUCUGUGAUCUACCGAUAAUUGUUAUGUUGUAAAUAUUUUUUACCGAAUAAUAUUUUUUA